AUGCACAUUGCUGUAUCAAUGCCUGCAUAUCAGAAUUUACGGCAGCGAGUGGAUAACUUUGUGUCCAACCAUCUUGCAAGCCACACGUGGAGCCCUCAUCUGAACAAGAAUCAGCUAAGGAACAGUCUUAGACAGAUGGUCCUACAAUCAGGUAUGCUAGAAGUUGGUGUCGACAGGAUCAUUUCUCAAGUUGUGGAUCCAAAGAUAAAUCACAUAUUCCGGCCUCAGGUUGAGAAAGCCGUACAUGAGUUUUUAGCAACUUUGGAUCAGAAAGAAGAGCCUACUGCUAUGAGUCUUGUGCCGAACUCUGAGAAAUCAGAGCCAACGACUCCAGGUCUUUCGUCUACUGGUCCAAGUACAAGCAAAGCUGACGAUGCUCUUUCUAUUCUGGACACAAUAACCUCACUUAAUCAGGAAGCCAGUGCAGCCAGGUCUACAGUAGAAAAUGCAUCUAAUAAGAAUGGUGAAAAGAGCUCCAAGAAAAACCUUACUUCAGAAUUCAAGUCUCAACAAAGUUUUGAUUUGGGAAUGGAGAAAGAUCGCACUAAUGAAGAGUUAGAAAAGCUUGCAUUAGAAACCAAAAUAGAUGAUGGAAGGAUUUGUUCUAAGUCAGAAGGCUCAAAUAACAUUUUGAUGCCUGCAAAGGAUUUUGAGGAAAAAAAUGCAACAUCUGAGAUCAUAGAAGAAUGUCUUGAAGAUAUGAAUGCAAUAAAGGACAAAAUUGAUAAGAAGGAUGUUAUAAGAAAGGAUGAAUAUUCUGGAUUUUCAAAGGAGGAAAGAAGAGGAAAGGGAAAAGAAUAUGAAUCUAUGAAAUACAUCACUGCGGCUCUAAUCAUUAAGCAGAAAGCCAAGGAAAACUUAAAGAAAGAAUAUUCUUUUGAGGAUUCUGAUUUUGAAGGCCUUAGCGACAUCACUGUAAGUUCAGUCCAUACCAGUGAUCUGUCGUCUUUUGAUGUGGAUGAUGAUGAAGAGGAGGAGGGUGAAAUUGCAGCUUCUGACAGCACUGAAGACAACCAAGAACAAAGUUCAGAAGAAAAAGAUACUAAGUUGGAAACAAACGAGGAACAAAAGGAGGGACGAGCAAAACCCGUGCGACAUCCAUACAUCCACAAACCGUUUUUAUAUUCAAAGUAUUAUAGUGAUUCAGAUGAUGAAGAAACAGUAGUUCAGCGUCGACAGUCAAUCGCUAAAGAGAAAGCAGAACGGUUACUUAGACGGCAGUGGAACAGGGAGAGAAGAGAUGAUAAGCACAAACAGGUGGAAACUGAUAAAGACAGACCACCGGAGGAGAGAUGCAGUGAUGAAGAACGUCACCACACACUGCAAAAAGGUGUUGGCAGUAAUUCAGAUGUUGUGAUGAAUUCAUGGAAAAUGCAACAGUCAACAGCCCUAAAUUCUAAAGUAAAUAAAGCAACAUUGAAAGAACAAAGGGUCUUAGAGAAAAAAGUGGCAUUAAGAAGAAAAAGAAAACGAGAUUUAAGAACUCUAUCAGAGGAUCUUGUCUUGCAUGAAGAUCGGAAAAGAAAGCGUGCACAGCCAGAAGAUUUUAAAGAGAGACAGAUUAAAACGGAGAGCAAAGAAAAGGUGGUCGCUUCUUCUAUUUUAAAAGAUUCCAAGAGUGCAUCACCCUCAGAUGUACCAUCAAAGCCGUUGAGGAGACUUUCAGAGUGUAUUCAAUUAAAUGAGAGUAGAAAUGAAUUGAAAGUAGAUCGUGAGCCUUGUCGAAAACAGCUAAGAAGAAAUUCUUCCACUCAAGAUUCGGAUGUGGAAGCAUUAAAAGUGACGGGAAUUAAUAAACUUAACUUUGAAACAGAAGGAAAUAUGAAUGAUAAAGAAGCAUCGAAGCAGAAAGAUAAAGAAGAAAGUGAUGAGCAAGUGAUCAUGUCUAAGAGUGGUUCUGCAGACAACGUUCAUAUAGAUAUUGAUCACAAGCUGAGGAACCCUUCAGAGGAGAAAGCUAUUCCAAAUUGCCUCCAUGUUUUCGUAUCAAAGACUGGCAACAAAACUUCAGUUUCUUCUAAUUCUUCAGAUUUGCCUGUAGUUGAACAGAGCCAAGAUCUUAAACUGAAAGAGUACUCAAAAGUGAAGGAAGACAAAGGUGAUGAAAAAGGGAAAGAAAAAAGACGUGAUUCUGAAAGCUUCUUGUCAAAAUCCAGGGACAAUAUACAAGAAGACACAAAAGGCCAUGAGAAGAACAAAGAAAAGAGGAGUGAUGCUGAAAGUGCUCGACCAAAAUUCAAAGAAAACUUUCAAGAAGAUCCUAAUGCCAGUGAAAAGUUGAAAGAAAAACAGAAUAAUUCUGAAAGCCCUUACCCCAAAUUACAGGGAAACACAUAUGAGUAUGUUAAAAGCCAUGAGAAAGGCAAAGAAAAGAAAAAUGAAGCUGAGCAGAUUCGAACAAAAUUUAAAGAAAGUGUGCACGACGAUAAAGGCAAGGAAAAGAGAAAUGAUUCUGAACGCUCUCGGUCACGAUCUAAAGAAAGCUUGCAGGAAGAUGCAAAAGGCAAAGAGAGGAGAAGUGAUUCUAAAAGCUCUUGGUCAAAGUCCAGAGAGAGAGUGCAAGAAGAUUCAAGAAGUCAUGAGAAAGUGAAAGAGAUUCAAAACACAUCUGAUAGCACUCAGUCAAAAUCAAAGGAAAAUUUUCAGGAAGAUGUGAGGAGUAAAGAGAAGAGAAAGAAUUUUGAAGAUGCACGAUUGAGGUCCAAGGAAGAUUUGCAUGAUGAUAGGCGUAAUGAGAAGAGAAUAGAAAGGAGACACAAUUCUGAAAGCUCUCAGUCAAAAUUGAAGGAAUUAGUUGAAACUUCACGUUUGAAAUCAAAGGACACCUUGGAAAGCACAAAGUCGAGAUCGAAGGACUGCAAUGAAAGCUCUCAAUCAAGAUCCAAGGACAGUAUUGAAAGCUCACGAUCUAAAUCCAAGGAUAGCAGUGAAAGCUCACGUUCAAAGUCAAAGGAUGCUGUUGAAAGCUUAAAAUCAAAAUCCAAGGACAGCAAUGAAAGCUUACACUCUAAAUCCAAGGAUAACAUUGAAAGCUCGAGGUCAAAAUCCAAAGACAGUGUUGAAAACGCCAGGUCAAAAUCCAGGGACAGUGUUGAAAGCUUGCGGUCAAAACCCAGGGAUGGCUUUGAAAGCUCGCGGUCAAAGUCCAGGGACAAUAUUGAAAGCUCAUGGUCAAAAUCAAAGGACAAUACUGAAGGUUCAGCGUCUAAAUCCAAGGACAUUGCUGAAAACUCACGAUCUAAACCGAAAGACAGUGCUGAAGGUCUGCGAUCAAAAUCCAAGGACUCCAUUGAAGGCUUUGGGUUGAAAUCCAAGGAUUCUGUUGAAAACUCACAGUCAAAAUCCAAGAGUGGCAUAGAAUACUCACGAUCAAAAUCCAUGGAUAGUGUAGAAAGCUCACGGUCAAAACCCAAGGACAAUGCAGAAAGUUCGAGAUCAAAACCCAAAGACAGUGGUGAAAGCUCGAGGUCAAAACCCAAGGACAACAUUGAAAGCUCACGUUCCAAAUCCAAGGAUGGCAUUGAGAGUUCUCGGUCAAAACCCAGAGACAGCUUUGAAAGCUUGCAGUCAAAAUCCAAGGAUAGUUGUGGGAGCUCACGGUCAAAAUCCAAGGAUAGCAGUGAGAGUUCACGGUCAAAACCAAAGAACAGCUGUGAAAGUUUGCGGUCAAAAUCCAAGGACCAUGUUGAAAACUCGCAGCCAAAACCCAAGGUUAGCAUUGAAAUUUCGCAGUCAAAAUCAAAAGACAGCACUGAAAGCACACAGUCAGAGUCCAAGGACAAUGUUGAAAUCUCGCAGUCAAAAUCCAAAGACAGCUCUGAAAUCUCACGGUCAAAAUCGAAAGACAGCUCUGAAAUCUCACGGUCAAAAUCAAAAGACAGCUCUGAAAUCUCGCAGUCAAAAUCAAAAGACAGCUCUGAAAUCUCACGGUCAAAAUCAAAAGGCAACUCUGAAAUCUCACGGUCAGAAUCAAAAGGUAGCUGUGAACUCUCGCGGUCAAAAUCAAAAGACAGCUGUGAACUCUCGCGGUCAAAAGCAAAAGACAGCUCUGAAAUCUCGCGCUCAGAAUCAAAAGACAGCUCUGAAAUCACGCAGUUAGAAUCAAAAGACAGCUCUGAAAUCUCGCAGUCAAAAUCAAAAGACAGCUCUGAAAUCUCGCGCUCAGAAUCAAAAGACAGCUCUGAAAUCUCGCAGUCAAAAUCAAAAGACAGCUCUGAAAUCUCGCGCUCAGAAUCAAAAAAUUGCUGUGAAAUCUCAACAUCAAAAUCAAAAGACAACUCUGAAGGCUCGUGGUCAAAGUCGAGAGACAACUCUGAAAGCUCGCAGUCAAAAUCAAGAGACAGCACUGAAAGCUCGAAGUCAAAAUCAAGAGACUGCACUGAAAGCUCGAAGUCAAAAUCAAGAGAAUGCACUGAAAGCUCUCAGUCAAAGUCAAAGGACAAUAUUGAAUGUAAUCAGAAGGGAAUGGAAGAAAGACAUGACUCAGAAAAUAUUCAGUUAAAAUCCAGAGAUUCAGAGACAUCACCAUUAAAAUCUAAGGAAAGGUUAGAGGCAGUCAUUCAGUUUGAGAAAGCACAAAAGUGGCAUAAUUCUGAAUUAGAGUUCAGAGAAACAGUAUGGAAUGAUAUCCAAGACAAUGAAAAAGGAAUGGAGAAGAAGCAUGAUUCUGUAAACACUUGGUCAAAACCCAAAGAACAUUCAGAAAGCUCUCAAUCAAAAUUCAAGGAGAACUUGCAAGACAACAUUCAAAGCAGUGAUAAAGAAAUUGAAAAAAGGCAUGAUUCAAAAAGCAUGUAUUUUGAGAAGUCCCGAUCAAGGUCCAAGGAAGACUUGCAGGAAGGUGAAGUUAAUAAGAACGUGGAGAAAAUACAUGAUUUUGAAACUAUUCAGUCAAAAUCAUGGGAACCUUUUCAACAUUCAUUGUUAAAAUCUAAAGAACAGUCUGAAAGCUCUCGAUCAAAAUACGAAGAAAAUUUGCCACAGGUUUCUCAAAACAGUGAGAAAGGAACAGACAAAUGUAUUUCUGAAAACAUACAAUAUUUAAAAUCCAUGGAAUACUCUGAAAGUUCUCGAUCAAAAGAAGAUCAAGAAAACAUUCAAGACAGUGAAAAAGGCGAGGAAAGGAAAAAUGAUUUCCAAUAUAUUUGGUCAGAGUCCAAAGAAUAUUCUGAAACUCUUCAAGAAAAGCCCCGAGGAAAAGCACAAAGCUGUGAGAAUGAAGUAGAAAAGAAGGAUAAUUUUGAAAAUGUUCGAACAGGAUCGAUGGAUAAAAUACAAAAUAAUCAAGGAAUUGAAAAACUGAAAGAAAAUGAGUCUCAAAAUUACUUUUCCAAAUCACCCGCAGUUAGCUAUCAAGAUACUCAAAACGGUGAAACAAAAAGUAAACUGGAAAACUUAGCUCCAGUGUCCAAAAAAAAAGUGAAAUCUGCUCAAGGUAUUGGAACUGAAGAAAGAAGUGAACCUGAGAAUGAUCAACCAGAAUCUGAAGCGCACCUUCAGGAAGUUCUUGAAAGUAGUGAGACAGAGAAGAAAAAUUAUUCCAGAAGUUCAGAAUCAAAAUUAAAGGAACAGCAAAUGAAAGAUAUUGACAAAACCGAUGAUACAGGGAAACAUUCUGCAAACCUUACAUCAAGUUCAAAGAAACAAGUACAAACUGAUCAGAGUGCUGAAAAAGGAACUGGUACAGCAAGCUCCCAGUUAAAAUCAGAAGAAAACAUGGUGGAUACACAAGUAAUUGGACACAGUGACGCAGGAGAUUUACUGGUGGAAACAGAGAAGUUUCUGAAAAGUGGAGACCAGUUAGAGGAGAGAAAUGAAGCCUAUAAAAGUGGAGCAAGUGAAGGCAGCCAUUUGAAGGAUGUGCUGAAUGGUGAUAAAGAGCAAAAAUCUGUCCAAAUCAGAACUGGUAAUUGUAGUGCAGAAUUGUUGCAAAAAGAGCAAACUGAGGACCCAACUCAUAACCAAGCUGAAAGGAUAAAUGAGUUAAACAUUCCUCUAAAUGUGAAACAACAAGGCUUUCUACGUUCUCCUUAUCAGACUAUUUCUCCAGAAGCUCCAACAUUAAAUGAUGCAAGUCUUCAACAUCCAGCUGCAAGCAGAGCACAGUUUGUUCAUUAUAAUCCUCCUUCACCAGCCACUCCAACACUUGAUGAAAACUUCAGCAAUGAGGCAUCUUCUGGUUCCAAAAGUGUGGUUGAAUCUUCUUUAGAAGAUUCUGAAAAGCAAAAGGGUUGUACUUCAGCAAAUAUCAAAGAAGUUUUAUGUAAUGAACAGCAAGUUGAAGAAUUGGAAUCAAAAUAUGACCUGUUGAAUGUGAAAAAACAAGGUGGUGGAGGUCAUGAGUUUACAAGAAGCUUUGAGUUGCCAGUUCAGCAGGAUGUUGUAUCAGAGAUAAUCACAAGUGCCAGUUGUGAGUGGAAAGAUGAAGUUGCGGAGGAGCAAUCUGUUAAAGGUGCUGAAGAGCAAAGUUCCUGUCAGAGAGAAAGAAAACCCAAGCGCUCAUGCUCUCCAGUAGAAAAUCUCUCGAAGCGAAGGCAUCUUCAUUCAGAGGAGAAAAAUACAAUAGAGGAAGAAAUGCACAAACCCCAUUCAGAAGCUGCACCAGUUCAAGAACAAGAUACAGAAAAACCAACACAAUCUCGAGGCAAAAUUGCUACCAAGCUUGAAGAAAGAACAAGAAGCCAGACAUCUGAUUUGAACAUUCAGAAUAAACCAACUACUCGUGCAGCCAAAAGAAUUAGUAGCCCUGAGCAUCUCCCAGUGACUGAACGAGAAAGGCGUUCAUCAGCUUCAGCAAAAGAGAAACUAACAUCUGAUACAAAAGCUAUGAAAGCUCCAGUAACAAUGUCAGUUACAAGAUCAAGGAGUCAGCUAUCUCCUGUGGCUAAACAAGGACGCAAACGAGAAGCCAGUCCAGGAGAACGCAGAAGGGGUCAGCAAAAAAAUGAAGUGCCACCAAAGAGAACAAGGCGAUAACUAAGAAUGCUAGAUGUUGCUAGUCUGGCUGAACAAAAUUGUUAAGCUGUCUUGUAUAUUGUAUAUUAUAAAUUAAGUUAUAUUUGUUGUAGUAACACAAGGGAAACAUGUGAAGUCAGUAUUGAUAGAUUGAAACUGUCUUUUUUACUGUACUUAAAAUUUUGUGUUGUAUAUGGGAAAUGGUAACGAAAAUGUUAACGUGCUUUUACCUGUUGUAACUUGCAAUUUUAAGUACAAAGUUUUCAUUCUAUGAAUGUAUUUUAUUUUUACCAAAUCCUAUUUAAUUGACAAAAAUUGUUUGCUGAGAAUAAGCAACUGAGGGAUACAACUAUUGACAAUAUACUGUACAUUUAAUGUGCAUCUCUUGUUAAUGUUCCAUAUGUUACAUCCUUGGAAUGGGUGACCAAAAUAUUUUGUAUUCACAUAAAACUCAUUGAGCAUGUACAAAUGGUUUAUAAUAAAAGAAAAUACUUGUUUAUA